AUGGCAGACAGCACGGCAAAUCGGGCGCGGUCGCGCUCUCGAUCGCCACCACGCAAGGCCCCACGAGGCAGCAAGGGCUUCAAGUGGAAGGACAGCUCAAAGCCACGGGACGACGGACCCUCCCGCCACGACUAUGGGCGACGCCGGGACUAUCGAGAUCGUUCAGUAGACCGAGAACGCGAGCGACACCGGGACGAUGAGAGAGCACGGGACCGCAACCGUGACCGAGACCGAGACCAAGACCGCGAGACGGCACGAAGCCGAGACGAGGCAGGCAGAGAUCGGGAUCGCUUGCGUUCUCCCCCGCGGCGAGGCGACGCAGGAGCCAAGGACAGAGACAGGGACAAGAGCAAGAGAGAAAAGAAGGACAAGAAGGACAAGAAGUCCAUGGCUGCUCCGAUCGCUCCGGGCCAGGAAAUGAUCAUCGUUCAUGUCAACGACCGGCUGGGAUCGAAGACGGCGAUUCCAUGCCUGCCAUCCGACACCAUUGGCCAGUUCAAGCUCAUGGUGGCAGCUCGCAUCGGUCGGGAGGCGAACCAGAUCAUGCUGCGUCGCCAGGGCGAGCGGCCGUUCAAGGACAUGCUCACUCUGGACGACUACGGCGUCUCCAACGGGGUCCAGCUGGACCUCGAAGUCGACACGGGCGACUGA